ACAGCCUGGCCACGUUAUAGCAGCAAUGGGCAUGGAGGUAGCAGCGCAGUGUAGAGAGAGACAUAGAGGAGAGCAGGGAGCCAGAGAGACGAAAGAGGAGGGAGGGAGGUAGCCACUUGCGCACCAAAUGAGCUCAAGCUCAUCAUCAUCUACAGCAGAGCGCAUCUCUGAUCACACACACACGCGCGCACAAAGUAGCCUGCUGCUGCCGUAAGAAAACAGAUCCAGAGGAGCACGCGAGAAGACACAUAAAGAGAGAGAGGCGGAGAGACCGAGACUGAGGAGAGAGGCAGAUAUCUGCAGAUAGAGAUGUCAGGCGUUGUGGUGUCUCUGUGUCUGCUAGUGGUCUUUGUGCUGCUGUGUGAGCUGAGCAGGAGAAUCUUAACCAAGCUACUAGCUCCCAGAGGGCUGUGUCUGUCUGCUGUUUACGCAGUGGAGCUGGUCUCUACGCUGCAGCUGUGUAUCUGCAACCUAGAGCUGCGUCUAUUGGGGGAGGUGGGCCGGCUGCAGCCUCAGUUCUGUCUCAGCCUCACAUAUCUGGCAUCUGUGGUCCAUGGCCUCACCUUCCAUGGAGCCCAGGGGAACCCCUGUAGCACGCUGGAAUACACCUACCGGGGACGCCUCACUGCCAGGAGCGGCGUGCUGAGGAUGGUGUGCCAGUUCAUGGCAGCAAGCGUGGCUCGUACCAUGCUACAGGGGCUGUGGGCCCUCGGUCUCUCUGACCUGCACCUGAGACACACACUCCAGGGCUUCCAAUGCAUUAGCCCCAUCCACACAGACACACACACCAGCCUGGUGCUCCCUGGCCCUCUGGUCACCGCUGCAGCUGUGGAGCUGGCAGGGGCCUUUGCCAUGCAAACCGCCUUCACACACACACACACUAUGGACAGGAGGUACCGGGUACAUGCCAUAGCAGCACUCACCGCUACCUUGACCUAUGCAGGUGGCAAGAUGACGGGGGCUGUGUUUAACCCUGCGUUGGCCCUCUCCACCCAGUUCUCCUGCAGUGGGCACUCUUUUCUGGAUUACUGCCUGGUCUACUGGCUGGCUCCUCUAUUAGGUAUGAUGUGUUCGGUCCUGUUGUUUGAUCAGAUGUUGUCUGGUAGAGCUGCUCCCUACCGCCCCCUUCUGGCUAACAAGAGGAAAUGACCCUGGGUCAUUUUCAUUAGUGCACAUGUAGCAAAACCGUUUUGUAACAGAAUACAUUUCACUACAAAAACAAGUUUUUUUUAGACAAGUUCAGGUAGUUCCUCCCCUUUUCGGUUAGUUUUCUUCUGUUUGGUGUCUACUGCCCUGGACCCACCAUCAAUCCCUACGAACCGAAGACCCUGAUGCAUAGUGACCUCUUUAAAACUAAGCACAUUCAAACAAAAAAAAUACUAUAUAUUGUUUUUUAAUCUAGUAUGAUUUGUACAGUGGUGGCUGGUGGCACUUAAAAAUUGGUCUGGAACGUAAUGAUACCAUUUCAUUUACUCUAAUCCAGACAUUUUUAUGAGCUGUCUUCCUCUGGAUUGAUGUAAAAACAAAUAGAUUUCUGUAGUUAGUAGUGUUAGUAGCAUAUUUAAAACUGUUUGAGAUAGUAUUUUAUGUACAGUUCUUCAAUAGAUAUGCCUAUGGUCAACUUGAGGAGUAUUGUCUACCUUUACAAGUCACCCCGCUCCUCCGCAGUCCACACACUCCACUGGCUUCCAGUCAAAGCUCACAUCUACUACAAGACCAUGGUACUUGCCUACGGAAUAGCAAGAGGAACUGCCCCUCCAAUCUACCUUCAGGCUAUGCACAAAUCCUUACACCCCAACCCGAGCACUCCGUUCUGCCACCUCUGGUCUCUUGACCUUCCCCCACCCCUAUGGGAGGGAAGCUCCCGCUCAGCCCAGUCCCAGCUCUCCUCUGUCCUGGCACCCCAAUGGUGGAACCAGCUAGAACAGCAGAGUCCCUGCCCAUCUCCAAAAACAUCUAAAAACCUACCUCUUCAAAGAGUAUCUUAAAUAAGUCGACCGUAUCCACCCCCUCCCCCCCCCCCACACACACACACAAAAGCCUUUUGUGAACUAACACUGACACUUUACUUUUCUCCCCUUACUAGCUGUGACUUGGCUGAAAGCUACUUUGAGGAAAAACAUGCUUGCUAUUACUGUGAUAUGUGGUUGUCUCACCUAGCCAUCUUAAAAUUAAUGCACUAUAAGUCACUCUGGAUAAGAGUCUGCUAAAUUACAAAAAUGUCAUUUAAAUGUACGCAAACUGGGUCAGACCUAGGUGAAUGAUAAAAAAAGGUGCUCUGACAAUAGUUUUGAUGAUUUAAGUUGGUGAAAUUAACAGUUAAAAUGGUCAGAGUUGAGUUGCUUUUCCAAUCCUUAAGCUGUGAGUGAGUGUAGCUCCGGUGGCCUGCUACACCAGACACAUGACUUUUGCAGAUCAAGAGUUGCUCCUAUUUGAAUGAAACAUGGACGUAAACGCUCUGUGAGAGGCUUGCGCUGCUCAGCGUAAAAUGGCGCUCUGGCUCAAUUUUUAUGAUUGACACAGCUUGCUCCCAAGGCCAAUAGUUUUAAUUGGCUCUCGCUCUGCUCGCGCUGCCUAAAAGCUAAGCAUAGCAAAUAAGAAACCUUGGUUUCUGUGGCCACGGGUGGUCUAGUGCAGUGGUCCCAAACUUUUCACAACAAUAUCUAUGGGCAAAAAAAUCUAAAUUUAAAAAAGGAACUGAUGCAGAGGUGCCACCAGGGAUUUUGGGCCCCAUGAAAAGAUAUCACAUUGGGCCACACCACCACAGGCCACACCAACCCUGCACAAUUGCUGUAACCACACACCUCCAGAACCCAAUAGACCCAUUCAAAGCUUUAAAUAACCCUACCUUUAAAUAACUCUACCUUUAAAUAACUCUACCUUUGCAGGCUUUCAACUCUCUUGUAGUCCAAUAUUUACUGACAGUGAGCUGUGAAAAUAUAACACUGUGCAGACAUGCAUGCAACAUUCUGCAUCCAGUGGAAUUCACUAUUUGAUGCAAGACUGAUACCCCCUAUAAGAAAUGUGCUGAAGGCCAUCAUCUUUUACAGUCUAAAUGUAGUUUUAAUGGUAAAAUUCUUGAAUGGAAAAUUCUCUUAACAUGAAUGAAUAACUUAAAAUAAAUAUAACUGAAAUAUACAUGAACCUCUUCAAUUAAAAUAAAUUAACAUUAUCACCUAUAGAAUGAUAUAACAAACAAAAUAAUAAAAUCAGAAGCAUAUUUUUGAACUGUUUUCAGUCUGUUCUCAUCCUGUGGGCAUCAUGUGUGUAGUGAUCCAAUAUCCAUAGCCAUGCCAUUUAAGAGUUAUCACUGGGCCUUGCUCAGCGUUACUCACCAAGAGCCCAGCGCCAAGCCUUUUUGCUGGCAAAGUCACUGAUCAAGUCUUUGAUAUCCAGCUUUCUAGCUAAUUGACUUUCAAUGGACAGAGUGGCAAGACUGCAAAGCCUGUCCUGGGACAUAGUGGACCUCAAAUAGUUUUUAGCUUACUGGAAGCUCUCUCGCCACCAGCCAUAGAAAUAGGCAGUGUGCAAAAUAUAUGUAAAGCAAUGCACACUUCUCCAAAAAUGCAUUGCAGCUGCAUCUUACAAAUUGCAUUUGGGAGACCAAGAGGGGACAAGUUAGGGGGGAAAGUGGCAGCAUAUACAGUGUUCAGGUGUCUUACUUCAUUUUGAAACGCAGGUGUAAGAUCUCUGGAAUACUUCAUGAUCAGUGGUUGGCACACAGAAGGGACUUUACCCUCAGAAUCUGUCCAACUUUCAGAACAGCAGAAAAUGAUUCUACAAUUUUUGCAGUGGUGUGGAACCAAGUGUCCAAGUCACUUAUGUUGUCCAUAGCAGGAGAAAAACUGCUGCACUGUCCUGAGCCGUCUCCUCUUGAGAGGUCUCAUCAUGGAAUCUCCUCUGGCGGCUGUGUUCCUUGCUCAAUUGAGGUGCAACAUCCAUUUGCGUAGAAAUCAGUGUUUCCUCAGACAGGAGAGACUCCCAUCCAUCUCUAAGAGCCUGCCAUCUCUUCCUUUAAGUCUCUGAUAUUGGCUGCCUCUGUGUCAAGUGAGAUGUUUGGAGAAUCACAUUCCUGUCCUCAAUGAAUUGCAGUACCUGCAAUUAUGCCAACUGACAUGUCAUUCAACACAAUGCUGCUCACCUCCUUCAGUUGGGAGUAGGGCUGGUUCAGGGGUAUGGGGAUGAGGAGACAGGGCUGGUUCAAGGGUAUGGGGAUGGGGUGACAGGGCUACUGAGCCUGAAGCUGCAUCUGCCCCUGCACCAGGCAGGGGCAGGGAGAACUGAUUUAGUAUGAAUAGCUUGCUAAAAGUUUGCCUGCAUUGAUUAAAUCUCGGCUGAAAGAGAGGCUUGAAAUGUAAACACUCAGAAUGUUCUGUGAAGAUAUUAACUCACUAAUGUUAGGGGAUCAAAAGUAGCCUAUUUCACUACGGACUACGCUACCAGGUUAAUUUCCACCACUGACGGACUACACCCACCUUCCUUUGUGAACAAUUGGGUGACACACUGUCGCCCUUCCUUUUCUCUCUCGUCUUUUUCGUUUAUGGAAACCAGAUUUUUCUUUAGGAAGCUGAAACAUUAUGCUCCACUGGCACUCCUCACUCGCAAUUCACUGCUACCAAGUACCGUUCGCGCCUGGUUUGGGGGCAGAGGCUCUAUGGAUUUUUACUUUUUUGCCAAAAACAAGAAAAUAAACCGUUAGUUUUAUUAGUACAUUGUAAAUAAAAAAUAUAUUAAUGAUGAUAGGUUAAUAAUUUAAUGUUGAAAAAAAAUGUACCUAAUGUUAUAAUACUUGUUUAGGGCCCCUGUCAGUCACAGGCCCAUAGAAUCGUCCUAACUUUUCCCACACAUAUGCUGCCCCUGAACUGAUACACUACCCAUUUUUGAAAUUGCUCCUUGUGCAUUCUAUUAUACAUUUCAAGAGUAAGUUUAAAGCCAGACUGAUACCCCUCGCCCCACAGUUUGGGAACCACUGGUCUAGCGGUCUAGGCUACUGUCUCUGGUGCUCAUUUACAGCUUACCGUUUCGAAUCCAGCCCAAAGCAAUUUCAGCACACUCUCCUAUCUAUAAUGAACAAAAACAAACAUGCAACAAUUUAAAAGAAUUCGCUGAGUUACAGUUCAUAUAAGGAAAUCAGUCAAUUCAAAUGCAUUUAUUAGGCUCUAAUCUAUGAAUUUCACAACUGGGCAAGGGCGCAGCCAUGGGUGGGAUUGGGAGGGCAUAGCCCCCCCAGACAAUCUCACAGGUGAAGGUCUUGGGCUGGUGUGGUUACAUGUGGUCUGCGGUUGUGAGGCCGGUUGGACAUACUGCCAAAAUGAUAGAGAAAUUAACACAAAAUCACUGGUGGACAUUCCUGCAGUCAGCACUCAAAUUGCAUACUCCCUCAGCUUUAGACAUCUGCAGCAUGGUGUUGUGUGACAAAACAUCACAUUUUAGAGUGGCCUUUGUCCCCAUCACAAGGUGCAUCUGUGUAAUGAUCAUGCUGUUUAAUCAGCUUCUUGAUAUGCCACACCUGUCAGGUAGAUGGGUUAUCUUGACAAAUGAUCACUAACAGGGAUGUUAACAAAUUUGUGUAUAUGGAACAUUUCUGGGAUCUUUUAUUUCAGCUCCUGAAACAUGGACCAACACUUUGCAUGUUGCGUUUAUAUUUUUGUUCAACAUAAUAAAACAGACUUCAAUAUUAAAACAUUUGCUGACACCUCAGCGUAGCUCCUAUGUUACUCCUCUGGAAUGUGCACAUAACACAAACACACUGUUAUUCA